CCCCACAAAAAAGAGGGGAAAAAAAGAAGCACCCUUCUAGUCUCUUCUUCACUGCUGCAAAUAAUUGUCUUCCAUGGCGUCUCAGAAUCUAACUGAGUAUGAACGCAAAAGACUUGAAAACAUUAAGAGAAAUGAAGAGAUGGUGGCCGCACUCAAGAUACACUCGAAGGCCGCCACUCUCUCCGCCGAUACCAAGCGCCAAAGAAAAACAUAUAAAGUGAGUCCAGUGAAGAAACCCAAGACAGAGACCCCGAUCGUAAUUCGACGGUCGUUGAGAACAAGAGGUAUGCCACCGGAUUCAAAUGGUUUGCCUGAUGAUUUCAGUGAAAAUUUCGAUAAAACCCCUAAAUCUGUCAGCCCUUUAAAGCCACAAUCGCCUCGUGUUUCGGGUCCUAUCAGUAUGAAAGAUGCUUUCAGUGGAGACGAAGUAGAGUCUAAUCACGUGUUUGUUGGGACAAUUUUAAGUAUUGCUAGGAAACUAGACAAUGUUUCGAGUAAAGAAGAGUUUAAUGGUGUUAAGGAUAUUCAAGACGAGAAUUUUAGUGAGAAGAGAACAUUGGGUUCCUGCAAAAGUGAGGCUUUUGAAUCACCGGUUAAAGAAGAGUUAGAUGAGAAUUUCAGUGGAGAAAGAAAGUCCGCCAAGUGCCUGGUUAAAAACGAGCAUUUGGAUGGUUUAGUUAAGAUUGAGAAGAGAGAUCCAUGGUUGGAAUCAUUGGAUUUGAAACCUGAAAACGUCGCACGAAUUAUGCCUGGAAGGAUUAUGGUGGUUAAGUUUUUCCCUAGCAGCAGCAUGAGGAUGGUUGCCGCUGGGAACAAAUUUGGGAAUAUUGCAUUUUGGAAUGUGGAUUCUAAGGAUGAAAAGGAAGAUGGUAUAUAUCUUUACCGCCCGCAUUCCGGUCCUAUAUCUGGCAUUUUGCUUCAACAAUAUUCUAUGUCAAAGAUUUAUAGCAGCUGCUAUGACGGGUUUAUUCGAUUAAUGGAUGCCGAGAAAGAAUUAUUCGAGCUGGUGCAUUCUUCUGAUGAUACUGUAUAUUCCCUCUCUCAACAGGCUAAUAAUUCGGCCAACCUAUAUUUUGGUGAAGGUCGCGGAGGAUUGAAUGUCUGGGAUAUUCGGACCGGGAAAUCAAGCAAAAGUUGGAUGCUCCAUGAAGAUAGGAUCAACACCAUAAGCUUCAACUUGCAAAACUCCAACAUUAUGGCAACAUGUUCAACGGAUGGCACUGCCUGCAUUUGGGAUUUAAGGAUUAUGAGCACUCGUAAACCCAAAACAUUGAGGCUUGUGAGCCAUGAUAGGGCUGUUCAUUCUGCUUACUUCUCACCCUCUGGAAGCUCUCUUGCAACAACAAGUUUGGACAACAACGUUGGUAUAACAAGUGGAGCUAAUUUUGAGGACACUUCUAUGAUAUACCAUAAUAAUUGGACCGGCAGAUGGAUUUCUUCUUUCAGAGGUAUAUGGGGUUGGGAUGAUUCGUACAUAUUCAUCGGCAACAUGAAAAGAGGCGUUGAUGUGAUAUCUCCGGCACAAAGACAAAAGGUAAUGACAUUACAGAGCCCAGAAAUGUCUGCUAUUCCCUGCAGGUUUGAUGCACACCCAUGUGAAGUUGGGAUGCUAGCAGGUGCCACAAGUGGGGGUCAAGUUUAUAUAUGGGCACCGUGUUAGAAUAAUCUGCUUUUUGUAGGAAUCUGUGCUUUUUACUUGCUAGCCAGUUUUUGUUUUAUCUGUACUUUUAGCCCAUGAUAUCAUAUAUCUGCUUCUUGUAUCUCUUUCUGACUGACAAUUGUAUGAAGCAGGAAACCGUUGCACUCUACUUUGGUGUAUGGACUGUGUUCUAUAGUAACUGAUAUUUACAAUU